ACUUGGCUGCCCGCACCCCUGCGGGCCCUAGCUGGCCACGUGGAGGCGCUGGCCGCUCCGGCUCCACCCUCUGCAGCCACGGCGACCACCUGCGGGCAGCUCUGCCUGUGGCUUAUGCGGCUCCGGCUACUGGGCAUAGGACGGGGUGGCCCCGGCUUCUAAUCCCCGGCGGCGGGUGGCAGCCCGUUGGCAGGAUGUCGUGCUUCGGAGGGGAGUAUCUGGUUUCUGCGGAGGAAAACCCGAGACAGAGAGAGUGGAGACCCCAGAUUUAUAGAAAAUGUACAGAUCCAGCCUGGUUAAUCCUGUUCUUUCUUUUUUGGGCUGGUUUGGCAUUCAUCAUGGGCUAUUCUGUGAUUGCUGGAGCUGCAGAAAGACUGGUCUUUGGCUAUGAUAGCUAUGGGAACGUGUGUGGCAAGAAGAACUCCCCCGUGGAAGGGGCCCCUCUUUCUGGACAGGACAUGACUAAAAGGAAGCAUGUAUUCUUUAUGAAUUCCUGUAAUUUGGAAACCAAAGACCUCAAAAUCAAUUCCAUUGCUCUCUGUGUAUCCAGUUGUCCUGAAGAACAAUUAGACACCCUGGAAGACAUCCAGCUCUUCGCCAAGAACAAUGGUUCAUUCCUUUGUGUUUAUAAUUUGAAUUCUGUCAACUAUACCCAAAAUCCAAGUGCUGCCUCAUUGUGCCCUAGGCUACCUGUUCCACCAAGCAAAUCUUUCCCCUUGUUCAAUCGCUGCAUCCCUCAAACUCCUGAAUGCUACUCCCUCUUUGCAUCAGUUCUGAUCAAUGAUGUGGAUACCCUCCAUCGAAUCCUAAGUGGAAUCAUGUCAGGAAGAAAUACAGUGCUCAGCCUGUGUAUCCUCGCCUUAGCUUUGUCUCUGACCAUGAUGUUCACCUUCCGAUUCAUCACCACCCUCCUGCUUCAUAUUUUCAUUUCCUUGGUUGUUUUGGGCCUCUUGUUUGUCUCUGGUGUGUUAUGGUGGCUUUAUUAUGACUAUAUCAAUGACCUCAGCAUUGAACUGGACACCGAAAGAGAAAAUAUGAAAUGUUUACUGGGAUUUGCUAUUGUCUCCACAGUGAUCACGGUGGUUCUGCUCAUACUGAUUUUUGUUCUCAGAGAGAGGAUGCAGUUGACAAUAGACCUUUUCCAAGUAACGAGUAAAACUAUCAGCAGUUCCCCUUUCCUGCUCCUCCAGCCACUUUGGACAUUUAUAAUCCUCAUUUUCUUCUGGGUGCUGUGGGUUGCUGUCCUGCUGAGUUUAGGAACCGCAGGUACAGCACAGGUAACAACAGGAGGACGUGUGGAAUAUAAACUUCUUUCUGGCAUUCGAUAUAUGUGGUGGUACCAUUUAGUGGGCCUUAUCUGGACGAGUGAAUUUGUCCUGGCCUGCCAACAAAUGACUAUAGCUGGCUCAGUGGUCACUUGCUAUUUCAAUCGAAAUAAAAGUGACCCUCCUCGCCGCCCCAUCCUUUCAUCCUUGGUCACUCUUUUUAACUAUCAUCAAGGAACGGUUGUAAAGGGGUCCUUUCUAAUCACCAUAGUGAGGAUUCCGAGAACGGUUUUCACAUACCUCUCUAAUACCCUGAAAGAAAAGGAAGACAGUGCCUGUGCAAAGUACAUGCUUAAGUGCUGCUUAUGCUGUUUUUGGUGCCUUGAUAAAUGCUUGAGCCAUGUAAGCCAGAAUGCCUAUAUUGCCACUUCAAUCAACGGGACAGAUUUUUGCACCUCUGGCAAGGAUUCACUCAGUAUUUUAUCCAAGAAUCCAAGGCAUAUUACCUCUAUUAGCUGCUUUGGAGACUUCAUGAUUUUUCUAGGAAAGGUAUUUGUAGUAUACUUCACUGUUUUUGGAGGGCUAAUGGCCUUUAACUACCAUCGUGAGCUGCAAGUAUGGGCAAUUCCUUUGUUAUUGGUAGCUUUUUUUGCCUAUUUAGUAGCCCACAAUUUCCUAUCCGUGUUUGAAACUGUGCUGAACACUUUGCUUCUGUGUUUUGUCAUUGACAUGGAAACAAAUGAUGGAUCGCCAGAGAAACCCUACUUUAUGGAUCAAGAAUUGAUGUUUCACUUUCCCUGGAUGAGCUCUUUAAAGAAGAAUCUGAUGAGAGCCAAUACAUGGAAGCUGCCAGGAGACAAAUUUAAAACGAUGUAAAGAGGAAACUUCCUAAUAGAGCUGUUCAGAAAUGGAAUGGUCUGCUGCCGAAGGCAAUUUUCAAGGAAACCCUGGAAUGUCCACUGAUUGAUAUUGUAAAGAUUGAAUCCUGCUGAGUUAUGGAAUAGAUUAGACAGCCUCUGAGAUCAUUGCUCUUAAGAUUCUGGGAGUAUUUAAGGAAACGAAAAGCAAGUAGAAAGGUUUAGAUAAUAACUAACCUUCAUAUAACCCUUUAAAUUCUGGGGAGCACUACACAUAAAUUAUUUGAUUCUUGUAACCAUGCUAUGAGGUGGGUAUAAGCGUUGAUAUGCCCACUUACAAAUGAGGCAACAAUUGAGUGAUUUACCAGUCACACAACUAGUAUUUGGGGCUGAAUUUGAAUUCAAGUCUUGCAAACUCCAGCAUUCUAACCAUUGUAGCACCAAGCUCGAUACUGUGGAUCCUAAUCCAAAAGUGAGAAUAGCCUAUUCCUUAGAGUUUACAUUCUACUAAUAUUGCCUCCUAUUCAGUUAUUAGGAGUAGAAAAUAUUUUGUUGGGCUCUAAUUCCAAUAGACUUGUGAUGGAGAGAGCUGUCUCCAUCCAG